UCUCGAUGAUGGCUUCACAGAGACUGUAAAGAAGGCCCCUCAGAAAGCCCCUCUCAGACAGGAGACCAACAUGGCUAACUUCUGCAACCGCUUCUCCAUGUACAACAUCAACGAGGCUCUAAACCAGGGUGGAGACGGCGUCGACCUGGAUUCCCUGAUGGCAGACCUGUGUUCCAUAGAGCAGGAGCUGACCACCACCGGCAAGCCAAAUGCCAAGCUCCGCCAAAAACCCACCGCCGGGCACAGCAGCAGUGCCAAGGGGCACGGUGGAGCUGGAGGGAGUGGAGGAGGCACCUCCAGCAGCGGGGACAGUACCUCCUCCAGUACCCGGGCCUCACCGGCCUCUACGGUGGCAGCUCGCCACGGGCGCCCCAUGGCUUCCAACCUGUCCCUGGAUGAUAUCACGGCCCAGCUGGAGCAGGCGUCUCUCAGUAUGGACGAGGCUGCUCGACAGAGCUCCCACUCCCUGGCCAGCGCCUCUUCCAGCUCCACUUACUCCACCAUGCGGAGGCCCGCCUCCCACCAUCACCGCCGGACAGGCUCGGUGGGGACGGUCAGCGAACACGAGGUCCGGUCUUUCUCCCUCUCGUCUCGGUCGUCGGUGAACUCUGCUUCGGCCAGCAGCAUGGAUUCUCUGGAUAGGCCCUCGGAACAGGACGGGGCCACUCCUACACAACAGGGACCCAAUCAGGGCCCACCAGGCAACACCGAGCACUCCUAUCUGGACAGGGAAACAUCCCUGAUUCUGAAAAAUAUAGCUGGAAAACCCUCUCACUUGCUGACCAAGGAAGAACAGGCUGCCAAGACCAAGGCAGAGAAGAUCCGUGUGGCUCUGGAGAAGAUCAAGGAGGCCCAAGUUAAAAAGCUGGUGAUCAGAGUGCACCUGUCAGACGAGAGCUCUAAAACCAUGAUGGUGGACGAGAGACAGACUGUCAGACAGGUUCUGGACAGCUUGUUGGACAAGUCUCACUGUGGCUUCAGCCCCGACUGGUCCCUGGUCGAGACCAUCAACGAACUACAGAUGGAGCGUAUCUUUGAGGACCAUGAGAACCUGGUGGAGAACCUUCAGAACUGGACCAGAGACAGUCAGAACAGACUGAUGUUCAUAGAACGCAUCGAGAAGUACGCCCUCUUCAAGAACCCUCAGAACUAUUUGUUGGGGCGGAAGGAGACGUGUGAGAUGGCAGACAGGAACAAGGAAGCACUACUGGAGGAGUGUUUUUGUGGCAGCGCCGUCUCUGUACCUGAGAUGGAGGGAGUACUCUGGCUGAAGGAGGAUGGGAAGAAGAGCUGGAAGAAGAGAUACUUCCUGCUCAGAGCCUCUGGGAUCUACUAUGUACCUAAAGGAAAAGCCAAGGCCUCCAGAGAGCUGGUGUGUUUCCUCCAGCUGGAUCAUGUUAAUGUGUACAACGGACAGGAGUUCCGCAGCAAGUACAAGGCCCCCACAGACUACUGCCUGGCCCUCAAGCAUCCUCAGAUCCAGAAGAAAUCCCAGUACAUCAAGUACCUGUGUUGUGAUGACGUCAGAACCCUACACCAGUGGAUCAAUGGGAUACGCAUCGCCAAGUAUGGGAAGACCCUGUAUGUGAACUACCAGGAGGCUAUGAAGAGGACUGAGGCAGCCUACGACUGGUCUUCUCUCUCUAGCUCCUCUAUCAAGUCUGGAUCCAGCUCCUCCAGCCUGCCUGAGUCCCAGUCGACCCACUGCAGUAGUGAUAGUGGUGUUGCUGUGUCAGAGAACAACCUGUCAGGCCACAGCCGAUCUCAGAGCCAGGUCAGCUCCAUCUUCUCCGAGGCCUGGAAGAGAGGCACCCAGGAUGAGUUGAGGAUGGAGUCAGUGAGCAGACCCUAUCCCCUGAUGUUGCCCUCCAUGCACCAGUCAGCCCCCCCAUCCCGAACCAGCUACACCAGUGUCUCCCCCGAAUCCUCCCACUCUCCCCCCGACCCUCCACCUCCUUCUCCUCCCCCACUUCCCCACCCCGCUCACCAGGCUGCUCCUACCAACUUUGUCAAGUACAGCACCAUCGCCCGCCUGCAGGGUGGCGCCAACCAGGCUGCCAAUAAUUACAGUGCCCAACCAAUGGGCCAGCAGCAAGGCCCUCCGGCCCCGCCCCUCCAGUCUGUCAAACCCAACUACAACACGCUCCCAUUGGCUCCCACUAACUACAACACCAUGCCAUUGGCUCCGAGCAACCCUCCUCCUCCUCCCCCUUGCUCCAUGCCUGCUCCAGGCUCUGCCAUGGCCUCUCUGAGGUUCAGCCUCCCCAGCUCUGUUCCUCAGUUCAUCCCCCCUCCUCCCCCCCAGGCCCAAACACUGCCCCCCCCUCCUCCCCCAGAAGAGGACCACCAGUGCCCCCCUCUCAGUAACACUGGGUUGCAGCAGUUCCUGGCCCAAAAAUUCCCCAAUAUGAACUAUGAUUUCUCUGAGCUGGAUGGCCAACCUGAGUCCCCUCCUCCUCCUCCCCCUCCUGCCCUCUCCCCCCUGUCCCCCAUACUGCCACCCCCCACACCUCCCAAAACCUUCUCUGGUGUCUUCCCGCCCCAGACCGCUCCUAAGACCUUUGGUCCAGGGAUCCCCCUGUCCCCAGUGUCGCCCUACCCUCCUUCUGGUCCAAUGAAAAAGCAGCAAAGCUUCUCUACAGGCCAUUCGCCCAAUCAGCCGCCUUCCACAAUGCCCAAACAGCACAUCUUCUCCUCUAAAACCCUCCCUCUGUCCGCCCCCAUCUCCCCCACUCCCUCCCUGGCCAAACAGAUAGUCAACCAGUUCCCAGGAGCCCCCCUGCCCCCACAGUCUCCCCCGGCGGUCAAGGCUAAACCAAGAUGGCAGCCAGGGGGUCAGAUCCCGCCUCAGUCCCCUGAAUUCCCCCUUCCUCCUCCUCUCCCUCCUUCUGAGAUGUGCUCCCCCAUUAAGAAGUCUCCCUCCACCUCAUCAACCGGCUCCUUCGGGAAGAGGGGGCCCCCUCCCACUCCCCAGCGCGCCUCCUCCAUCAAGUCUAACUCUUCAGGGGAGUACCAGGAAGAGGCCCAGGUCCAGAGGCAGCCUAAGAAAGUGGAGUCUCUGGUCAGUAAGUUUGCCCAGCCUGGCCUCGGCUCCUGCAACUCCCCCACCGCCACCUUCUCUGGAUCUCCUGCUAAAGAUUUGGGGUCUCCUGCUCUUCCUGCUCCUCCUAAACCAGGCAAGCUGAACCUGUCAGCUCUCCCUCUAGUCCUCCAGGGUCUACAGACAGGGCAGCACCGCCAGCCCAGUGAAGACUUCCCCUCUCCUCCUCAGUACCGCCAACCUAGUGGAGACUUCCCCUCUCCUCCUCAGUACCGCCAACCUAGUGGAGACUUCCCCUCUCCUCCUCAGUACCGCCAGCCUAGUGAAGAGUUCCCCUCUCCUCCUCAGUACCGCCAACCUAGUGAAGAGUUCCCCCCUCCUCCUCAGUACCGCCAACCUAGUGAAGAGUUCCCCCCUCCUCCUCCCGACUCUGAGCUGCUCCCCCCGCCCCCCCUCCUCUCUGAGCUCCACCCGGGGGCCCCCAGGGUCGCAGUGGUAAACCCCCAGCCACAGGCCACGCCCAUCUCCUACCCCGUCAGCCAAUCAUCAUGGAAGACCCAGUCACUCAAGAAGACUCCGCCUCUGACACUGCACAGGCUGUCCCGGAGUCACACGGUCCAGGAGCCCUUACCCCUGUCCCCCCCAUACCAGCACCAGCAUACCCCCCCAGCCUCCUUUGCCUGUCCCCUGCCCCCCACCUCCCCCGGGGUACCUAAGGGGGGCGGUACCCUCUCCUCGGUCCAACCAAACUUCCUGGAGGACCUGAACCGGACCUUGAAGAGGAAGUCCAUCUCACGUCACGGCUCCCUCACGCGGCACGCUUCCUCCCGGCUGGAACCGGUCUCCAUGGACGACAUGGCCCUGCCUCCUCCACCCCCUCCGGAUCAACAUAGGGGGGGGCAGGGCGGGGGCCACGGGUACAUGUCCUCAGGCUAUGCAACGUUACGGCGGGGGCCGCGCCCUGCCCCGCCCAAACGGGACGAAAGCACCAAACUGACGGGUGAGUGGUAGCUAGGGGGAAGAGGAGGACUUGGGCCGAGCUGCCCAGGCAAUGGGACCCAUCAAGGUCCCAGUCUACAGACUGACUACAGCCUAUGGACCCAUCAAGGUCCCAGUCUACAGACUGACUACAGCCUAUGGACCCAUCAAGGUCCCAGUCUACAGACUGACUACAGCCUAUGGACCCAUCAAGGUUCCAGUCUACAGACUGACUACAGACUAUGGACCCAUCAAGGCUACAGUCUACAGACUGACUACAGCCUAUGGACCCAUCAAGGUUCCAGUCUACAGACUGACUACAGCCUAUGGACCCAUCAAGGUCCCAGACUACAGCCUAUGGACCCAUCAAGGUCCCAGUCUACAGACUGACUACAGCCUAUGGACCCAUCAAGGCUACAGUCUACAGACUGACUACAGCCUAUGGACCCAUCAAGGUCCCAGUCUACAGACUGACUACAGCCUAUGGACCCAUCAAGGUCCCAGUCUACAGACUGACUACAGCCUAUGGACCCAUCAAGGUCCCAGUCUACAGACUGACUACAGCCUAUGGACCCAUCAAGGCUACAGUCUACAGACUGACUACAGACUAUGGACCCAUCAAGGCUACAGUCUACAGACUAUAUGGACCCUACAAACCAAACGGACCUGAAACGUUCUUAUGAUACAAUAAGAAACGUUCAUUAUGGCACUAAUGAAUACGACACAGAACUCGGCCUGUCUCCUCUCGUCUCGUCUCGCCUCCUCUCGUCUCCUCUCGCCUCACGUCUCGUCUCUCGCCUCCUCUCGUCUCGUCUCCUCUCGCCUCCUCUCGCCUCCUCUCGC